CCGCGCUGCCACUAGUGAGUUGAACACCGCGGAGAUGGAGGAAAACACACCCGCUAUCUCUAUUUGGUUCUUCCUUCUCGCGGAUACAUGGUGACGCGAGCAGGGUGAGGUAGGAGGAAGUUUGGCAGUCUUUCUCCGCAACGUGGUCAGCCGAGUCCCAGCCAGCAGAGAGAUGCGUUUUUACCUCUCGUGGAGACGGAGACAAUUGUGUCUCAGCCUAAUGCUAUCCUGUAUGGUAGCGUUGAUGGUGACGGGCAGAGACUGGCAGCGGACGAGCGUCACCCGCAGGCCUCCCCUCGAUCCCUCCCUGGGAUACGACGACUCCACGCUUAUUCAGUCGGUGGCACAGAGCUUCCUGCAUCCUCCCUCCAGCGAACCAUAUCAUCUCAUGCAGAAUUUAGCUGAGACAGACAUCCACGCAGCUCAAUAUAUGAAUUUCAAAGCAGAAAUUGCAUAUGCAUUUUGCCAGAGAGCCAUAAAGAACAUUUUUGAUAAAGCCGGGCCUGGUUUCUUUGUGGAGGCUGGUGCUCUUGAUGGAGAGUUCCUGUCUAACACACUGCCUCUGGAAAGGGAGCGAGGGUGGACGGGUUUACUAGUAGAGGCAGACGGAGACAUGUUUAACGAACUGGUGAGUAAAAGGCGACGUGCAUGGGCUAGUCACUCCUGCCUCGCCACACGCCCGCAUCCACACUCCGAAACCCUCAUCAAAUACGUCCGUCAGAACACUUUAAAGGAUGCAUUUUCCAACCACGCUGCUCGGGCCCAUAAUUCCCUGCUGGACCAGACUGCGGGCGACACACUCGACGGUUCCAUGCCCGGACACCCCAUCUACGAGUCGGUGCAGUGCCUCCCGCUUGCGACCCUCCUGCUGGCAAUCAACACCACUCACGUUGAUCUCGUUUCCCUGGAUGUGGAGGGGGCAGAGAUGGGAAUCAUUCGUCAUUUCCCGUGGAGGCGAGUGACGGUGGACGUGUGGGUGGUGGAACACGCUCGAGAGACCUACCACCGCCUGCAGAGGGCCACAAACGGCUCCCUAGUGGUGACCAUUGACGAGGAGUUCAUCCGCUUAUUCACGUCACAGGGCUAUGAGGUGUAUGAGAUCAGCAAGGACGUGAUCAUUCCCAAUUACGUGUUUGUCCUGCGUGGCUCGUCGCCCUACCACAGGCUGCGUGCCACAGGAAAGAUGAGACACACCGAAAGCUUGUAAAAGGCACAAAUAAAUAAUAAUGAAUAAUUAACAAUAAAUAGUAAUCUUCCCGUUUGCUCGUGUUUACCUGCCGCGUCCACACACACACACACACACGCGCGCGCGCAUACACUUUUGCUAUUUUGAAGUCAUGCUUAUUUUACAAUUAUUUUAAUCUCUUCUAAAUAUAUUCUGCUAGUAAUGAAAUAUAACUUUUCCUUCUCUUAUUCUUAUUCUUUUAAUUGCUUUUCCAUCUGUUUAUCUUCCUUUGCCCUGUUAUCCUAGUUCCGCAAUCCUUUAUACCAUGCCCUCAUUGCCCUACCACGCCGUUAUUUCUUGUUUCUCUCACUUCCUCUUCCUUUAUUCUCUAUCAUCUUAACUCAUUUUAUCUAGCCAUUAUAUCACCCUCUUAUUCUCUCAUUUCCUCAUUCAUCCUUUUAAGAUUUUUUUAUCAUGCAUACAUACAUAGACUAGAUAGAUACUAGAUACAUAGACUAGAUCAGAUUAGAUCAUAUGAUGUUUCGGGUUGUAGCCUUUGCAACGGCACCCUAUUUAUCUAGUGAGCGCUUCCCGUGGCGCAGAUCAGACGAGGUUUCGGCAAAUGCAUUUAGACUUCUCUUAUACUAAUGAAUGAGUAAAUAAUCUAACUAUAAUACAUGUCUGAGUGUGAUAAUAGUGUGUAAGGGAAGAAAAGUCGGCAUUUGUUCGCCUGUAAUUCCGAACUUAGUGAGAGAAAAUAAAUCUGGUUGUAUAUAUAUUUCUGCAUUUUUUUUCUUCACACCAACAAGGAAAUGUAUCCAGACUUUGCACACUAAUUGAUAAACUAACAGUCUACAUAUUACUCGUGUCUGAGUGUGAUAGCAGCGCAUGUGGGAAGACAAACUUUUUUUUUCUGAACAUUAAUUAGAGGGGAAAAAAAUGUUGAUCGUCUAUUUCGGCAUUUCUUUCACCAGAACAGCAAGAUAAUGCAACUAGACACCACAAAAUGAUAAAUAAGUGAAUAAUCUACCUAUAACACAUAUAUGGCUGUGUUGAUAGUGUGCCUGUGAAGAGAAAUACGAAUAAAUAAUAAUGCGCAGACGCGGGACAUAGUUGAGGCCGAGAACCAUAAUAAUAUUGAGCCGUGGCUGGGAGGCUCCGUGUGUCUGUGUGUGUGUGUUUGUCUGUGGCUGUGUGAGUGAAUAGUGUUGCUUCAUGUGUGCUUUGUGCUUCAGGAAGAAGAGAAGAAAGAAAGUGAGGCACCAAUUAUAACAGAAGAAAG